UGUUUCCCUCCGGAACGUAUGCACAAUCGGAAGUGCCUAAACCUGCUGUGUAAUUCGGUUCCUAUGUUUUGUGUGGUUGUGGAUGAAUAUACGAUAAAUUAUAAAACAAAAAGAUCGUGAACUUUUCCAAGAGGGGGGAAAUGCCAGAUUAUUUAGGAACAGACCAGCGUAAGCUGAAGGAGGAAGAGAAAGAUGACAAACCCAUUCGAGCCUUGGAUGAAGGUGACAUUGCCCUUUUGAAGACCUAUGGCCAGAGCACAUACUCAAGACAGAUCAAACAGGUAGAAGAUGAUAUUCAGCAGCUAUUGAAGAAAAUCAAUGAACUUACAGGUAUUAAAGAGUCUGACACUGGUUUGGCUCCACCAGCUCUUUGGGAUUUGGCAGCAGACAAGCAAACUCUUCAAAGUGAGCAGCCGUUGCAAGUAGCAAGAUGCACGAAGAUAAUCAAUGCAGAUUCAGAAGAUCCAAAGUAUAUUAUUAAUGUCAAACAGUUUGCAAAAUUUGUGGUGGAUCUGAGUGACCAGGUAGCUCCUACUGACAUAGAAGAGGGGAUGAGAGUUGGAGUUGACAGAAACAAAUAUCAGAUUCACAUUCCACUUCCACCAAAGAUUGACCCAACUGUGACAAUGAUGCAGGUGGAGGAGAAGCCAGAUGUAACAUACAGUGAUGUUGGUGGUUGUAAAGAACAGAUUGAAAAACUAAGAGAAGUUGUGGAGACACCUUUGUUGCAUCCUGAAAGAUUUGUAAAUCUUGGUAUUGAGCCACCAAAGGGAGUCCUUCUUUUUGGACCUCCUGGCACUGGAAAGACACUGUGUGCCCGAGCAGUAGCCAACCGGACUGAUGCUUGUUUUAUAAGAGUAAUUGGAUCUGAGCUUGUUCAGAAGUAUGUAGGAGAGGGAGCAAGAAUGGUUCGUGAACUUUUUGAAAUGGCCAGGACUAAAAAAGCAUGUCUUAUAUUCUUUGAUGAAAUUGAUGCAAUAGGAGGAGCUCGUUUUGAUGAUGGUGCUGGUGGUGAUAAUGAAGUCCAGCGUACUAUGCUAGAACUUAUCAAUCAACUGGAUGGUUUUGACCCCAGAGGAAAUAUUAAAGUUCUUAUGGCAACCAAUCGACCAGACACAUUGGAUCCAGCACUUAUGCGACCCGGAAGACUCGACAGAAAAAUUGAAUUUAGUUUACCAGACCUUGAGGGCCGAACUCAUAUAUUUAGAAUCCAUGCUCGCUCAAUGAGUGUUGAAAGGGACAUCCGAUUUGAAUUGCUGGCCAGACUUUGCCCCAACAGCACAGGUGCUGAGAUUCGCAGCGUUUGUACUGAAGCAGGGAUGUUUGCUAUUAGAGCUCGCAGAAAGAUUGCUUCUGAGAAGGACUUCCUAGAGGCUGUCAACAAAGUCAUCAAAUCUUAUGCAAAGUUCAGUGCUACUCCAAGAUACAUGACUUAUAACUGAGUUGAAUUAUUAUUUUAGUAUGAGGUAUAGGCAUACUUUGUAAUUGUAUUUUGCUGAGGUCAGUAUAUUACGAUAUUACUGUUUUCAUCAAGACAUAUAAACUGCUAGUAAAAAUUAAAAUUGAAAAAGUUGUCUGUGUUCUAAUAUUCCAUUACUUAAAAUGUAGAUUCUCUCUGUGUUUGCCUAGAGUUUACUCUCGGCCUUUCUGGUUUUCUUCUCAUAUACCAACAGCUCAUGUUGGGUUAAUUGACAAUUCUAAUUUGAACCUGUAUGAGCGAGUCUGUCCACAGGUGCCAUAUUCUUCCUGGCCAUGACCUGGAUAAUCAAUUUAGAAAAUGGGUGGCUGGACAGUUACAGUAUCUCACUAGAUCUUUACAGCUUUUCUGAAAGACAAUUUCACACAUUUUGUUAGAAUUCUUUAUCCAUGUAUCAUUUUCCACAAGAUCAGCAAUACAUCAUCAGUGGUUUGCUGAAUAUAGUAGACCUUUUUAUUUCAGAUAUUUCUACUUGGUUUACUAUAGCACAUCACAACCAUAAUAGCUCCUAUGAAACCGUUUUGUUGGUGAUGAGUGAGUAGCAGAGGUAUAACCAUUAUUGGGCUAGUCACCAAACUCCCUAUAACCACUUACUUUGGUCUUGAGCAUCCCUAAGGUUAUUGACAAAAAGACUUUCAAUGUUACCUCUGGGGUGAUACAGAAAUUUAAGGAAGAUGCAGUUGAAUUGAAAGGUUUGUUUUUACAUAAAUAAUGAGCCAAAGUACAAUGAGAGAAGCCGGAAGAUUGACAAGUUUAAAUGUAAUUUCUAUAAUGAGGUACUAGCAAUGCAGCAGGUAGUCGUUUCAUCCUAAAUGAUUCUGGGAAAAAAAAAGGCCCUGAUCCAUAACAUGCCAAAUGUUGGUUCAUGCCACUGACUAAUAACAGUGCGUAUCAACAACAAAAGUAUUGUGUAGACAAAGUAAUAAAGUUGAAUUAAGUGUACCCCUAACCCAGUUGUGACUAUUAUUGUGACUGGUAAUGAAAAUAAACAGAAGUACAAAACAUGGAUGUGUAGGUCAUCUCUUAACUUCACUUAUUUACAGACUUCAUGUUUUUGGGUGGAGCACACUGAAGCCAAUAAUAAUCGAAGUAGAAACAGAUGGAUUAUAUAGUUGGACAUAAGUACAACAUUAGCAGUGCAUAUUGUCCAGGUAAAUCGGCCCCAGAGUUAGAGGUGUCCAUCUGUUUUCAGGACCCAGUAAAGCUGGACAGUGAAUUUGAUACCUCAGUGAGGCUGCAACUUCAGCAGCUACACUGCUAUGUCAUGCAAGCUUGCAUCUUGUGAACCUAAAGAUCAGUUUCCAGAUUAAGUUAUGUACAUGGAGAAGCAUUUAUCAACUGUGUACUGUAUUGUCUAAAAUUCAAAAACAACAAUAGCUUGUGUGGUAGUGUGUGAAGCAACAAAACAUUAACUCUUUAAAAAUUAUUAAUAGCCGUUCCCUAGCUCUGCACAAACUGUUGAUUCAGGAAAUGUGCAAAAUCUGUUUCUUAUAUUUUUUAUAUACUUAAUGUAUUAUUUACUGGUGCAUUUGUCUGAACAGUAUAAAAAGAACAAAUACAGUAAAAUAAGAAAGCAAUCUCAUUUUUUUAUGAAAUCAAGAGUUAUUUAUUAAAAAAUAAGUUGUUAGUUUAAGAUAUGCGGUAGUUUGAAGUGUACAGGUCAUUUUGGGGUCCGUAAUUGAACUAUUUCUUCCAGUUUAUUGUUGAGGUUGCAGUUUGAAAUUUGUUUAUUGUUCGGAUUCCUUGUGUAAGAGAUGUUUAUCAGCCCGCCUCACAAUGCAUCUCACAAACUCCCAACAUCCUUGUGACAUAUUGAGGUCAUACAAGUACUCUGUACUCGUGACACUAAUAUUACAAAUGAAUGUGUUAUGAUUUACAAGUGUUAAAAUGUCCUUUAUUGUACUAGAGCUUGUAUGUUAAACGAUUAAUAUGACACAUUUUGGAAAAUGAUGAUUAUGUAACCCAAGCACACACAAAUCAGGCUUCCUUGAAGCAGCUUUACAAUGAUGUGUAAUCUUAAUGACUUUUGAUUGGCUCACAUACUUAAGGUUGAGAAAUGUGGUAUCAUCAAAAUGAAAGUGCAGAACUGUACAAUUUGUAUAGUGUUUAUCUAUACACACCUACAGUAUAUGCAUACAUAUUCAUAUAUCUAUCUGUAUGAUUGCUAAAUUUCAAAGUUAAAUGCUAAAGGGCAGUUUCUUAAAUAAACUGGAAUCUCAAAAUGAUAUCCUAAUUUGUCAGUUGAAAAAAUCUUUACUGAAUCUUACAUAGAACAGAAAAAUUUUUGAAAAACAAAAGAGGAGACCAUUUAGUCCAUCCAGCCUGUUUAGCUAAUAGCUAAGCUGUCCCAAUAUCUCAUCCAGAUUCUUCUUAAACUUUGUCAAGGUUUCUGCUUCAACUACGUCCUGGUAGUUUGGUCCAACUCCCCAAAACAUUUUGUGUGAAGAAGUGCUUCAUGGUGUCAGUCUUAAAAUUCACUUCUCCUUCAUUUCCAAUCUUCCACUCCAGCCACUGGGACUGAGGUGUCACCUGUUGCAAGGAUGCAUUUGGGUCCCAAUUGUGGUGGGCGCUGCAAUGCGCUGGAAUCAGUGCAUGCACCCAACCUCCUCCUGAGGCAGUAGACAGACAGACAGACAUCGGUAGCAGGAAAGAUCCUGCAUGUGUCAGUAUGAAAGACUAGGAGCUGCUGGGGUGCAGAAAGCCCAGCAUGUGUGAUUUGUGCCCCAAAAGCCACUAAACUGGAGGCUGUUAUAGCAUAGCCAGGUUUCUUCUGUUUUUAUUUAGUUUAUUGUCUUUGCUGUAUUUUGUUGUGGAAUGUGUUUAUAUUUUUAAUUUGUGCAUAUUAUGUUUUAUUAUGUGUUUAUUAGUACUGUUAUCUCCUUUCAUGUACCUUUCAGUCUUUAUGUUAAGUCAAAGGGGGUAGGCCUCUCCUCUGAGGCUACAGCUGCCACAGUGUUAUUUAAGGAAGAACAGCAUACGAGUUUGUGACGUCAGCAUUGUACUUCUCAUUAUCUUUGAUCUUUAGUUUUUACAUUUGAAUUUGGAAUCCCUGGUUUGUUAACCACUGUCUUUCAGAUUUUCGUCUAUGAUUUGUUUGCUAAGAGUCACACUUUUUUUGUUUUUUGGGCUAGAGGUUUUCCAGAUUCCUCUUCCCCAUUUGUAGAUUUUUUAAAAUUUUAUUUUAAAAUCUUUGUUCCAGGGCUCAACUAUAAGCCUGCAUCUUGAUUUUGGCGUUGGACUGUUUCAAAGUGUCGAGGCCUGUUCUUUUAGUCUGGGCCAUGGGAGUGCAGCUGUUGCUUUCAUUUUUUUUUUUUUUGGCCCCCAGCUUUUCAAAUGAUAAAUGUAUACUGAAGCAACUAAUUCAUGUGCUGCUCCAUCUUAAAUAGCACCUGGAUGACCCCCUGAGUGCAGUGGCAGAGUGGAGCCUAGCUUGCUUUGGCCCAACAUAAAUACAACAAGGUAUAUAAAAGAAGAUACUACUGGUCAAACAUUUUAGAACACCUCAGUUUUUCUUCCAAUUUCAUCAGUUGAAAUGCAAUGCAAUGAAUGAGCAAAAUGGUGAAAAGGGAAAUCAUCACAAUAUAAUGGACCUUCUUCCAGGAAAAAAAUAAUAGGUUACAACCUACAGAUAAUCUGUAGCAAUUAAAGUAAAUUAAGCCAACUUCUUUUGAUUACUUAAAAACCCCUGUGCCGGUCUUAAAGCAGAACUGGAACAGACUGUAUUACUACACCCUCUGAACUGCUUUGACCAUAUUCCAGUGAUAAUGGCAAAGGCAAUUAACAAAUGAAAUGAGACAGAGCAUAUUUACCCUUAGAAGUACAGGCCUUUCAUCUAAAGAAAUUGCAAAAAAAAA